AGUAAAUCUCACUUGUCAGAGGAAAGGCAUUGGCGUGCGAGUUUGUUUCCAUGUGGCACCGAAUUCAUUCAAAUAACUGAUAAAAGAACUAGGGACCUUUGUCAUUACAUCCCAACUACAAUGGGCAAAAAAGGCAAGAAAGAGAAGAAGGUGAAGGGAGCGGAGAAAACAGCAGCCAAAAUGGAGAAAAAGGUUUCCAAGAGGUCCAAACGAGAGGAGGAGGAUCUGGAGGCUCUGAUAGCUGAGUUUCAGCAUCUGGAUGCAAAAAAGACCCAGGUGGUAGAGACGACAUGUUCACCUCCAUCACCAAGAUUGAAUGCGUCACUCUCUGCCCAUCCUGAGAAAGAUGAACUCAUCCUGUUUGGAGGAGAAUUCUUCAAUGGAAAAAAGACAUAUCUGUACAAUGAUCUGUUUUUCUACAACAUCAAGAAGAACAGCUGGGUUAAAUCAGAGAUCCCAAACCCUCCUCCACCACGCUGCUCCCACCAGGCGGUGGUAGUUCCACAGGGUGGGGGCCAGCUCUGGGUGUUUGGGGGAGAGUUUGCCUCUCCAAACGGGGAACAGUUCUACCACUACAAGGACCUUUGGGUGCUACACCUGGCUACACACACCUGGGAGAACAUCAAGGCGCCGGGUGGGCCGUCGGGGCGCAGUGGUCACCGGAUGGUCCUCAGCAAGAGACAGCUGCUGUUGUUUGGAGGUUUCCAUGAGAGCACCAAGGAUUUUAUCUAUUACAAUGAUGUCUACUCUUUCUCCCUGGACACGUUCUCCUGGUCACGCCUCACUCCAUCAGGCUCCGCCCCCUCCAUGCGCUCUGCCUGUCAGAUGACCUCAACACCUGAUGGCACAGGUGUCAUCAUCUAUGGGGGAUACUCUAAAGUGAGAGUCAAGAAGGAUGUCGAGAAAGGGACCAUCCACACCGACAUGUUUCUUCUUAAGCGAGAGGGUAAAGACGGCCAAGAGAAGUGGACAUGGUCUAGGGUGAACCCCUCAGGUAACAAACCCCCUCCUCGCUCUGGUUUCUCCCUGGCUGUGGGCCCUGGGGGGCGGGCAGUGUUGUUUGGCGGGGUUUGCGAUGAGGAAGAGGAGGAGAUCUUGGAGGGCGACUUCUACAACGACCUGUACCUGUAUGACAUAGUGAAGAACCGCUGGUUCCCCGGUGUUCUCAGGGGAAAUAAGACAGAGAAGAAGAAACGACGAAGGGGGAAGAAGGGUGGAGCAGAGGGGGAGGGAGCAGAGAAGGAAGAGGAGGGGGAGGAGGCUGCUCCUCAAGGACCCACUGAGGUCAUCAAGGAAAUCGUCUCUGAGGAUGGCACAGUGAUGACCAUCAAGGAAGUGAUCCCUGGAGCUCAGGAGGAGGAGGAGGAGGACGAUGAGGAGGAGGAGGAAGAGGAAGAGGAGGAGGAUGCCUCCAAACCCCUGGUGGAGCCCUGCCCGAGGUCCAAUGCCAUGGCAACGGUGCGUCAGGGCAAGCUCUUCAUAUACGGGGGCAUGUUUGAAGUUGGUGACCGCCAGUUCACCCUGAAUGACUUCUACUGUCUGGACCUCCACAAGAUGGACCGGUGGGAGACUCUGAUUGAAAUGGAUCCAAAGACACAAGAGUGGCUGGAAGAGUCUGAGUCAGAGGACGAUGAGGAGGAGGAGGAGGAGGAGGAGGAGGCAAAAGGAGCAGAAGGGGAAGAGGAGGAGGAGGAGUCAUCUGAAGAGGAAAGCAAGGAUGAGGAAGAUGAAGAAGAGCACCCAGCAGUGCAGGAGGGGGAGACCGUGACAGAUUACCAGAUCCGUACAGAGCAGUACUGGAUAGGACUGGCACGAGCUAACAUGGGCCCUGAUGCCAAGGACAAAAAGGUUGCUAAGGUUGCCCUCGCCAUGGCUAAAGUCUUCUAUGAAGACCAGUAGUGGAAUGUGCCAAACAAGUAACUGUGUGUGUGUGUGUGUGUGUGUGUGUGCGCGCGCGCGUUCAUGUGUGUAAAAUAUUUUUCAGUAAUGCAAGUGAAAUUUCAAAAGAAACUACUUGCCAGCUGAUCAACUGAGAUCACAGGUUUUCAUUUUCAAUAAAAUAACAGUUCACUGACUCUACCAAAUUAUAUUUAAUGCUGACAUGUUUACAUCCUGCUGCUGUCAAUCAUACAGUAUGUCAGAACAAGCUGUAAACACUGACACACACUGAUCAGCCACUACAUUCAAACCACUGACAGGAGAACUGAAUAACAUUGAUUGUUUUGUUACGAUACAAUGUUCUCCACUGUCAAUGUCCCAAUGCCAGACACCACAGGACGCUCCCAGAAGUUCCAUGUCCAUACCCCGGCAGGUAGGUGCCGUUUUGGCACUAUGAGGAUGGACCCGCACAAUAUUAGGCAGGUGGUUUUAAUGCAGUGGCUGAUUGUUGUGUCAUCACUGUCACAUCCAGCAGAUAUGGGACAACAUUAGCAUUUACUCCCAGAAAUAUAACACUGGUGUCUGAGUGUGUUGUCCUUGGUUUUUAUUGUCCUUUUCCACUGUAAUAAAGCCCCACAUGAAAAUGGCAGACUGUAUUUUCAUAGCAACCACAAGUUUCAAUUGGGGGUUUGAGCAAGAAAGUACCGAAAAGUAGUACAGCUCAAAUAAAAACAUGACUCAA